GUUUCUUCUUGACUGAACUUUUAACCUGUGCGGACUUAACUCUCUUCAGUCCCUGAUGCACUGUAAAUAAGCAGACAACUAAAAGUCAACAGAUGGAGGCCAUAAAAAGUCUGCUUGGAUUUGAGUGGAUGGACGGAGUAAGUAUUGUGAUAUUUCUGUGUGUUUUUGUGCAGCUGGCUGAUAUUUUGAAGAACAGAGUCCCGUCAAGCUUUCCUCCUGGACCGUGGGCUCUCCCAUUGAUCGGAGACCUUCAUCGCAUUAACGCCAGCAGGAUCCACGUGCAGCUCUCAGAGUUUGCAGAGAAAUAUGGAAAGAUUUUCAGCCUGCGGCUCUUUGGUGGAAGAGUUGUGGUCAUCAAUGGAUACAAGCUUGUGAGGGAGGCCCUGGUCCAAAAAGGGGAGGACUACGUCGAUCGCCCCGUCAUACCUAUUUUUUAUGCAAUGAUGGGGGACAAGGGUCUGGUGAUGUCAAACAGCAAUCCAUGGAAGCAACAGAGGAGAUUCGCUCUUCAUACUCUCAGGAACUUUGGAGUGGGCAAGAAGACCCUGGAGCCAUCCAUCCAGCAGGAGGGCCAAUAUCUCACCGAGGCUCUUGCCAAUCACAAAGGACAGCCUAUGAAUGCUCAGCCACUGAUAAUCAGUGCUGUGUCCAACAUUAUCAACUGCCUUGUGUUUGGACAUCGCUACGAGUACACUGACAAGAAGUACCUGAGUAUUCUUCAAGAAUUCAAAGAGGUCGUGUUCUUACAGGGAAGUUCAAGUGUACAGAUUUAUAACACGUUCCCCUGGCUGAUGAAGUGGCUGCCUGGAUCUCACAACAAGAUUUUAACUAUGUUCAAAAGGAUCGUUGACUUUGUUGAAAUCAAGAUCAAAGAACACAGAGAUAGUCUAGACCCGUCCUCACCAAGAGACUACAUCGACUGCUUCCUCACAGAGAUGGGAGAGAGAGACGACAAAGAUUCUAGUUUUGAUAUCGAGAAUUUGUGUUCUUGCACUCUGGACCUGUUUGCUGCUGGAACUGAAACUACUACCACUACUCUACACUGGGGACUGCUGUACAUGAUCUACUACCCUCAAAUACAAGAGAGAGUCCAGGCUGAGAUAGACGCUGUGAUUGGUUCAUCCAGAGCGCCCUUUCUAAAUGACAAAGAAGACAUGCCCUAUACUAACGCAGUCGUUCAUGAGAUCCAGAGAAUGGCCAACAUCCUUCCCCUUAAUGUGGCCCGCAUGGCAACCAAGGACACAACACUCGACAAGUACACAAUCGGUACGUGA